AGCGCUUCUUGAACAAGGACAUAUUUUUUGAAUUUUUUGGCACAAGCAGCUGAAAGGGUACUGCUUUCGCACCGCUGUAGUGACAAAUGAAACUAGCCAGCCAUCUACGUCUUUUUGUAUAAAUAAUUGAUAUUCUUCAACAGCUACUUAUUUUUCCUUUAUUGUUGUCAGGGGAAACUAUGUCAAGUCGGAGGAGUGAAGCCCUGGCUUUCUCGCUAGUGACGGGUAUAAACCAUGCCAUGGCCAGGCUGGUGGGCAUCUGGGACAGCAUAGGCAUUAUGGAGGAACAGAGGGUGGAGCGAAUGGAGACGGUGAAGAAACACAUUGAGGGCCUUUUGAAUGACAUGAUCACUGAGGAGGAAGCCUUGAAGCACCGCAUCCGGGCCAAUAUCAUCACUUUUCAAAAACAGCUGGAUACCUUGUGCCUGGAAAUGUCAAUGGAUCCAAACAAAAUGGAGGAGGGCCUGACAGUCCUCCAGAUUGAGAAGAACCUGCGUCUGCGUGUGGAGGUUCUGACCAAGGAGAAGGUGGAGCGUUUGAAGGAGCUACACGGACUGCAGCAGGAGGAUAAGGAACUGUGUGUGGAGCUGURYGUCACCCCCUAUUACAUCCCCACUGGCAGCAUGCCAUCUCGCACGCAGCUACAGGAGCUCCGGGAGCACAUCCAGACCCUCAGCGAGGAAAAGAAGAGUCGUGCAAAGGUGUUCUCAGGUCUGCGUGAGGACAUCAGGAAGCUGAUGGAGGAGAUGGGUCAUGAACCAGAGACUAGCCUGGAGAAAGAGUCUGUGGGCCACGACGAGGAUAUAUUCCUGCUCACUCAUGAAAAUAUCAAAGCCCUCAAACUGCUGCUCUCCCAGAUGGAGGUCAAGAAGGAAUCACUGACAAAUACUCUAGCUGAGCUGAAAGAACAAUCCAUGUGCCUGUGGAAUCGUCUGGAUGCGCUGGAGCAAGACUGCAAUGUGUUCCAAGAGAGUGUGCAGGGUACCCUCUCUGACCAAAUCACACAGUGGCAGGGGGAGGUGGACCGUCUGACAGACCUGCAGAAGACCAAGCUGGAGGAUGUGAUUGAAAAGGUCAGACAGGAACUAGUGACCUUCUGGGACAAGUGCAACCUGGGCCCUGAGCAGAGGGAACCCUUCAAUGCCCACUUCUGUGACAAUAACUUCACAGAGGAGUUGUUGGCGCUGCAUGAUGCUGCGCUAUUGAAGGUGAAGAAAUAUUACGACCAGGUAAAGCCCUUACUGGAGGCCCUGCAGAGAUGGGAGAAGUACUGGGCCCUCUUUCAGGACUUUGAGAAAAAGGCCAAUGAUCCAAACCGUUUCUCCAACAGAGGAGGAGCCCUUCUUAAAGAGGCCAAAGAGAAGGUCAAAGUUCAAAAGAUGCUGCCAAAG